AUUGGAAAAGGACUCCAGAACUUUUCUUGGCGGAAUUGUAACAAAACGAUCGUACCACUAGCUUUCAGAACUCUGUCACUUUCUCCUGACCCGAUACAGUACGGACAGAACCUAGUUGUAACAGCAGAUCUGGAUGUUACACAACCUGUUGGAACAACAAACACGCUAAAGGCAGACAUUAUUGCAAAUUUAAUAAAAGACCAGGAGAAGUUUGAUAUGUGUCAGUACACGCCAGAGCGGUGCCAUAUUGCAGAUCUAUGUUAUAACAUAUCACAGAUUGAGAUACCUUGCCCUAAAGUUGUAGAAGAACAAGGCAGUAAUUGUAAAUGUCCAUUGAAACCCAAUACCUACACUGCUACAAAGAUCUCUAUCCCAAUUCCAAGUUAUUCAUUUCAAAUUCAAGGCAGGGUUGAGGUCACAGUUAAUCUGUCAGAGCAAAAUAAGCCAGUAGGCUGUUUCAUUAUGGGAUUUUGUCUGAAAUCCUGUACAUAAGAUUGAAGCACGAGUAUUACUUGCCCUGGACCCAGGUCCAUCCAGCUAAAAAACCAAAAUUACUAACACUUCAUGUUUUAAAAUUUGUUUGUGAUAUGAACAUUUUAUUAUGUUAUAUAACUUUUGCAAGCUAUCCCUUUUCCAUGAAAUUGAUCUGAAAGGAUAAAAUAC